UUUUUCUAUUAGCUGUCUCAGAUUUUCGUUUUAACUCUCUUUUUAAUUUUGACCCUUUUUUUUUGUCCCCAAAAUGGAAGAAUGAUAAUGAUGUGUUUGACUUGGGGAAUUAGAAAAAUAUUAGCCACUCAAAAUAAUGUAUGGCAUCAGUAAUUUUGAGUAAGUGACCGAUGCCCGUAAGUUGAUAACUGUCUUUCAAAAACGUCUUUCCUUUACUAUUGUUCCACCCUAUUAACUGACCCUAUAUUUCCCGGUUUCCAAGACAAGCCCUUGAUAUCUCCCCCUUUCUCUUUGUCUAUUCUUUGGAGUAUUGAGAGAGACAGAAGAAAGAAAAAGGUAGAGAUCAUUUUUCUGGCAAGUUACAUUUCAAGAAUGGAGGACCGUAGGAACAUAUUUGAGAUACAAGUUACUGGCAUAAGCAAAACCAAAGAAGGGAAGCCACCCACCAGGCUACAAAAGCAUGCCCCAGCAUCUCUUAAGCUCGAUCAGAUGAAAGCUGCCGCUGCCAGGAUCAGCCCUUUUGGGCCUUGUACUGGGAAUUCUGAAGCUGCAACUCCGAUUCCCCUACUGACACCGCUGGCUUUAUCACCCAAUCCAUUCCCAGGGACAGAAGAAUUUUUGUUUCCAAUUGAUGACAAGGAAGCUGCAACACCAGCAUCAACACCAACACCAACUGCAUUUGGCUGGAAACAACCAGCUGGUGCAGGAUAUGUGGAGGCUUCCACUUUUAUGGCUUUGUUUCAAAACAAAUGUGUUCUUGUCAAUGAUGCACAGUGAUUUUUUUGUUCUGCAUAUCUGUACAUUAUAUGGCCCACCUUUGUGUUUUCCGACCUUAUGAGGUAGAUUUAUCAGUUUUGUUCAUAAAUUAUUGUGUCUUGAUCGAUGGGGAUCUUUCCUCCAUUGUCAAUACCAGUGUCUUUAAUCUUGUAUAAUGCAUUGGGUGAUUUGUUGUUGCCUAUUCUUUUGCUUGUAAGAAAGAUGAUCAUCAGAUUUGUCUUACAGAGUUAUCGUUGUUGAUUUGCCACUUGUUUUAACCAUCUCAAAAAUGGGAUUCUCUCUAUUCCUCUGCCGGUUGAUGCUUUACAAUAACAAAUUGUUGCCUUGAAAAAAAACUAAUGAGGUAAGAACAAAAUACUCAAGGAACAAGCAGUCUGACGAUCGAGAACACAGGAGACUUUGCAUGCUACCACCCCAAGCAAAUCACAAUCUGUUCAAACUUGUUCAAUGUAAUUCUAGUCAAAAUCAAAAUCACAAGUUCAAAUAAAUAUGUUGUUUAUGCCUUUCAAUACAAGCAAGGGCGGUAAUUCAACUAAAAGCAAGCAAAGUAGAAGGGAAGAGUUGGUUUCGAUUUUGAAACCAAAAAGAAAACAAUGGGAUUCUUACAUUAACCAAGCCGUCUAAGUAUAUAGCAUAAAUGAAAUUAUAUAUUCCAUUACAGAAAUUUUUAAAACUUCAUGAAGCAUCUCAAGUAGUAGUAAUCCAUUCUAAGGCCGAAAAAGCUCUUUCCUUUAUGUACAAUAUGACAGCCAUCUACCCGAGUCUAAAGGAAGGCAUUACAAAGAAGCAUCCCAUGCCCUUCCAUCAAGCUUUCACUCUAAUAUUAACUAAAGAAAAA